AAAGAAAGAUUGAGAGACAAAGAGAGACAGAGAGAGAUUGAGAAACACAGAAAGAGAUUGAAAGACAAAGAAAGAGAGAAAAAGAAAGAGAGAGAGAUUGAGAGACAGAAAGAGAGAUUGAAAGACAGAGAGAAAGAAAGAAAGAGAGAUUGA